CUCUUCGUUCCCUGGGAUGGGAUUCUGCCAGCUGGUCUGAGGGGGGUCAGAGUGCCCCCCCGUUGCCCGACACCCACUAAUGUGUGGGGCUUGAGGCCACAGCCUCAAGGAGAAGGUUGCGGCUGGUGAGGGGCCCUUGGGAGGCACUGCCAAUGAAGCAGAAGGCUCUGGCAGGGUGGGUUGGGAGUCUGAGAGGCGGUGUUCAGCCCAGGGCUUGGUGGCCACGAGACCGCCCAGUUCCCGUGCUGUGCCUGUCCCCUUACCAGCGCAGGCCCACCUCCUUCCUCGUGGGCGGAGACCACGUGAGCUAGGCCGCUGGAGCAGGUGCUGGCCUGCUGCACACACCCACCAAGUAGUGGUGUCUAGAUCCCACGCGGGGGCUACGGCAGGAGCAGCGGCAGCAGAGGGUUGAGUGGCUGCGUGUCGAGAUGUGGGGAGAUGUGGGGAGAUGCGCUGGCAGGAAGUGGGGUGGGGAGCUCCGCUGAGGUCUGCACAAGGGCACCUCUGAAGGUGCCCAAGCCGUUGGGCCUGCUCCAGCCGGGGCCGAGGAGGAGCUACCGUGCGCAGGGCCUUGGCCUAGCUGUGGCUUCACAGGAUGGGGCCACAGGUGCCCUCGGCCCCUCCUGUCCUCUGGGUCCUAGGGUGCCUCACCUUGUUCCUCUGGCUGUGGACACUGUGCACAGCCUGCCACAGUCACCGCUGAGACAACACCGCCUCUGCUCCCUCAGCAAGUCGGACACCAGACUGCAUGAGCUGCACCGGGGGCCAAAAAGCUGCAGGGCCCCUCGGCCUGCCAGCGUGGAUAUCCUGCACCCGCGAUGGCUGGAAGUGCCCAGAGGUACCAGCAGACCUCUGACAGCCUUCUCACACCGGGAACUGCCCCAGGCGACGCCUGCUGCCACCUUGCCCUCCAUCUGCCCCGAGGCCACCUAUUCCAAUGUGGGGCUGGCGGCCCGCCCUGUGGUGUGGGCAGGGGCACGGCUGACCAGCAGCCAUGCCAGGCCCGGGCCUGAGGCCGGACCCAGGGUGGCUGAGUAUGCCUGUAUCCAGAAGCUCGAGGGAACAGAUCAAGGCCCCCAAAGCCUCAGGCAGUGGAAGGCCGAGGUGACCCCAGCUGUUCAGGUGGACAUCCUGUACUCCAGGGUUAAGAAGCCUAAAAAGAGGGACCUAGGACCUGCCACAGAUCAGCUGGACCCCAAGGGCAGAGGAGAAAUUCCGGCUCUGGGAAGCGACCAGGCCUACGAGACCCUCCCACUCAGGGGCCUAGGCGUGGAUGAUGGCCUCCCAGACAAUGUGUACGAGACUAUCCAGGAGAUGGGGGCCCCUGAGCACCCGGAGCCCUCUGGCUGUAGCUAUUAGCAUAAGAAAAGAGGACAGAGGCAGGGCACGGGGGCUCCCUGCUUCCCCAGUUUCAGCCCAGAGAGGGGCAUCCAACCCCCAUCUGCCUUGAACCACCAAGUAUAGACGGUCCUCCUUCCAAAGUAGUGCCCAACGCCUAUUCCCUGCCCCUCCCCCCACAGCUGGCAGCGCAAAGUUCAGAUCCCAAGGCUUCUAGCCUGUGAGGUCCCUGGGGGUCCUGGCCCCCAUGGCGUUUUGGCCUUUCCCAAGAUCUUAAUAAACACCCAGCACAGGAUGAAU